GCCCAGACUGACGGCUUGCACUGGGUACUGCUUUUCCCCACUGGGGUGCCUGGGGCGCAGCGGUGCCUGCCCGAGAUUGCGGACGCUCAGGCGCCCAGAAGAAGAAGAAGAAGAAGAAGAAGAAGAAGAAGAAGAAGAAGGUACUAGCAGCUGGGAACACUAGAAAAGAAUUGAUGCAUAAGAAAGCAGAAGUAACUUGAAAGCAAACUAUGAAAGCAUUUGUCGUUGGAAUUAGUGGUGUGACAAAUGGUGGGAAGACAACUCUGGCCAAAAAACUCCAAAAACAGCUCCCAAACUGCAGCGUCAUCUUCCAGGAUGAUUAUUUUAAGCCAGAGUCUGAAAUAGGGAUUGAUGAGAAUGGCUUUCUACAGUAUGAUGAACUUGAAGCUCUUAAUAUGGAAACAUUGAUGUCUGCUGUCUACUCCUGGAUGAAAAACCCAAGAAAUUCCCUAGAAUCAGAUGCCCUGGAAAGUGCUGAGGAAGUCCCUAUUUUAAUCAUCGAGGGUUUCCUUCUCUAUAAUUAUAAAAGCUAUUUCCUGACCAUUCCAUAUGAAGAGUGCAAGCGAAGAAGAAGUACCAGGGUCUAUGAACCACCAGAUCCUCCAGGAUACUUUGACAGUUAUGUGUGGCCAAUGUAUCUAAAACACAGAAAAGAAAUAGAAGAUAUCACGUGGAAUAUAGUGUAUUUAGAUGGGACAAAAUCUGAGGAAGACCUUUUUUCACAAGUCUAUAAUGACCUGAUAGAAGAACAAGUAAAGCACAAAUGUUCACAGAUAGCCCCCGAGGUGCCUUCUAGCUCGACAUCUGUGAUCCUGUGACUAGCAUAAAGAGAGGAUGCAUCAGAAUUCUUUCCAUCACAGAUUAGGAGAAUCUAAAGAAGAUAUUUAGUCACAUAAGCAAGAGAAUGAUAUACACAAUGACGACUAUAAUGCAAAGGAAAAUAAUAUUAGAAGCCUUCAGAUUACGAUAAUGAUUCAUUGAUUUUUGAAAUCUGAUGAUGGGAUCCUCUUGGUAGAGAGAUGAUGGACUAAAGGUGUGGAAAGUUGCAUAUCUUUCUAUGCCGUCAUCUGAUGGUCAAUGUCACAAGCCUCAUGGGAUGGGGAACGGCUUGCUUAACUGUUUUUUUACAAGGGAGGGUUGUAUGGGAAUACCAAGAAGUGAUAAUGAUGUAGAAAUGAUUAAAACCAUCAAUAAGAGACAAAA